AUGGGGGUGUGUCUCGUCUGCGUGAGUGCAGCGGCAUGGCGCCAUAUUCAUCUCUCCAAGCUUUACCACUCCAUGUUCCAAGCUGCUAGCCAGCACAUCACUGACACUCUUGAUCAUGCUGGUUGCAAGCUCGGCAUCCAGCGCAGCAGCCAGCUGCAGAUUGUAGUCGGCACGGGCAUGUCCCUCGUCCCACUGCUGGUCUGCAAAGAUGAGGCACCGCAGGUCACUGAAAGGAAUCCCAACAAUAUCGAUGCUCAGUGGAGCUAUGACACCACUGACUUCCAUUGCACGUCGGAUCAUCCAGGCCAGAAACUCCUGCUCACCAGUCCCAACAGCAACCAGCCCAAAGAGACGGGUGCGGUUUCCUUCGACAUCACAGAUCACGGAAGGUGGCACAUGUGCAUCGGAGAGGCGGUCACCCGCGUUUUCACAGCCCUGAUCGCGCUCACAACUACAGAGCUCCCUCUCCCAUUGGGCGAUUCCACAGGGAACUGGGGCUACCAGCAAUCUCCCGCGCGGGUCGUCCCAUUUCAGCCACCAAGCCGACGGCCGACUCGGCUCACUGUGCCAGGGCCAGGGGUUCGGCGAAUGUCUGGCAUCCACGUCGUGGAAACGCCGAGCUCCACGUCCUCACCGUGCGAGUGCCCUUCAUCCGAGAUUGGGGCCGAGCAGGCUGCGCCGACUGCCGAGGCAUCUGCUGGGGCAAGUCGAGAUCUCUGGGAGAAGUUGCUGGCAGGAUCUGGCUUAAGUGGACCCAGCGGCAGAGGCCCGGGAGGGCCAGGGCCUGGGAAUCCCCGAGCCGAGACGGUCCACCAGCCUGCAGAGGACCAGGGGCGCUCGACGUCGAGGCAGCUUCCUUCUGCAGCGGCCGCCGCGUUCGACCAGGUGAGCUCCUCUUCCCCAACCCUGGGCUCGGCAAACCUGUCGGACAUCCUGCGAUCUACCUCCGCUUUCGCGGACCAUGCCAGUGGGUCGUCCUCACAUGGGAGCCAGACACCCACGCCUCGUGUUGAGGAGGACGCUGGCCAGGUGGCCCGAGCACAGAGCUCGUCGGGCAGCUCAAGCGGAGGCGAGCGACAACCCCGUCUUGAUCAGCGACAAGCCUUGGAGGCCUUGGCGCAAGAUGUGGCAGCAGAGCCUGUAUGCGCUUUCUCCACGAACGUUUCAGAAGCAGAGGAGUUUGGAAGUGGAGAUGAUCUGGACUUGCCCAUGUGA